AUGGGUCGCAAGGCGAAAGCCAAAGCCACUUCAGGGGCUGCUCCUGCGCCCGGGCCUGCUGCAGAGGCAGAUUCCACGCUCGCGAAUCUCCUCUCUACGGACAGUAGACGCCCGAGAUGGGACGAGACGCCCCCGCUGUUGUGCACCGGCAUCGUGGCUGGUUAUCUCCCCGGCGAAGAGGAGCUCGAAUUAUCGCAGCCGCAGCUGUGCCGCGACACGCAGAGCCAAGAGAUCUGGGACACGCCGGAGCUCCUCAAUUCGCCCAUCAGCAAGUUUAAGCGACGCGAAUACAACUGGGUGGCGGCAUCCGUCAAGGGACCUGGGCACUACACCAUGGACCCCACCAAGAUGCAGCCCUGCGCCAAGUACUCGGACUCCAGGUGUGACAUCUGCGGACAGGGUGAGCGGCUCUUCCUCUUCAGAGCCUUUGAGCGAUCAAGUGCGCAGGAUCCCAAGCUGCGCAAACUCCACCCCGUCCUUGCGUACUUCGGCGAGGUCUGUGGCAAAGGUCUCCUUGGCAAACGGUGGGCACUCUGCUCUGGAACGGUGAGAGCGAGUACAAGCUGGGGGCUGACCAGGGCUGCUGCCCGCACUGGCAAUCCGAGCAGCAGCGCUUCGCCUAGGUCUGUGUGA